UCACACCUCACCGCAUAUUUACGGUUACGACGUUCUUCUGUUCAAAAGUCUUCUUCUUCUUCUUUCUUCUCACACGCAUUAUGGAAAUUCUAACUACAACACAUAUUCAUCUCAUUCUUCUUCUACCUCUAAUUCCAUGCAUUUGUCGUAACUGUAAUUGCAAACACAAUUAUAAUAAUAAUAAUAAUCAAUAACGUACAUUACAUUACUCCAUGCAUUACAUAUUAUCAUCACUAGCUAACACAUAUAUACAUACAUACAUACACCAAACUGUAAUUAAUAUUCAUUCUUUGAAAAAGAAAAGAAAAGAAAAAUGAUGCAUAAACCAUCAUCAGUGAAGAGAAAGAAGACAGACAAGUCCAGAAGACUCAUCGGACUCCUUCUUUCCAGUUUCCUCCGCCGUCGUCUCAUUCAUCGCCUCCUCAUUUCCUCCAUCUCCGUCUGCCUUCUCUUUCUUUUCAUCAUGCUCUCUCUCUUCGCUCCUUCCCCUUUUAUUGAUAAUGAUUUGGUUAAAUCUCGUUUAGAUUCUCAUCAGCAAUCCCCAUUUCACAUUCCGACAAGUGAAGGUACUUACAAGCAUGAUCUAUGGAAUUCGAGGAACUCGCAGCUUUUCUCUGCCUGCAGUUAUGCCGGUGUCAACUUUGCAAAGGCUAAUAGCAAAACUCAUCCGGACCGAUACUUGUUAAUCGCAACCAGUGGAGGCUUAAAUCAACAGAGAACAGGGAUAAUUGAUGCUGUUGUGGCUGCCUAUCUUUUGAAUGCUACUCUUGUUAUUCCAGCAUUGGAUCAUACAUCUUUCUGGAAAGACAACAGCAAUUUUUCUCAAUUAUUUGAUGCCGAUUGGUUUAUAACAUCCCUCCGGAAUGACAUAAGAGUUGUAAAGCAACUACCAAAUAUGGGAGAGAAAUUUGCGACUCCAUAUACAGUGCGUGUUCCAAGGAAAUGCACCCCCAAAUGCUACGAGGGUCGUGUUUUACCAGUGCUGAUCAAGAAACGUGUUGUUCGGCUCACGAAGUUUGACUACAGACUUUCUAAUCUGCUGGAUGAUGAUCUACAAAAGCUGAGGUGCAGGGUAAACUACCAUGCUCUCAAAUUUACGGAUUCGAUUCAGGGAAUGGGAAAUUUGUUGGUUGAGCGGAUGAGAAUGAAAAGCAAGCGUUUCAUCGCGCUACAUUUAAGGUUUGAACCGGAUAUGCUUGCAUUCUCUGGUUGCUAUUAUGGUGGGGGAGAAAAGGAAAGAAAAGAACUUGGUGAAAUUAGGAAGCGGUGGAAAAAUUUACAUGCAAGCAAUCCUGAGAAAGUAAGAAGACAUGGAAGGUGUCCACUUACCCCAGAGGAAGUUGGUCUUAUGCUUAGAGCACUAGGUUUUGGAAUUGAAACGCAUUUGUAUGUGGCUUCUGGAGAAAUAUAUGGAGGUGAGGCAACCCUAGCACCCCUCAGAGCUCUCUUCCCCAACUUCCAUUCAAAGGAGACCGUAGCUACCAAGAAGGAGUUGGCCCCAUUUGUGUCUUUCUCUUCGCGCAUGGCUGCGCUUGAUUACAUAGUUUGUGAUGACAGCGAUGUUUUCGUAACAAACAACAAUGGGAACAUGGCUAAGAUUCUAGCUGGAAGAAGGAGGUACUUUGGUCAUAAACCUACUAUCCGCCCUAACGGGAAAAAGUUGAACCCCUUAUUCAUGAACAAGAAUAACAUGACAUGGCAAGAAUUUGCAUCUCGAGUUCGAACUUUCCAGGUAGGCUUCAUGGGAGAGCCUAAUGAGUUGAGGUCAGGCAGUGGUGAGUUUCACGAGAAUCCAACGUCUUGCAUAUGUCAAAACUCAGGGUCGGAGGUAAAAACCGAGGGAUUUUCCAAUCCUCAAAAUCAAACGCAUGAAGGCAAUAAGGUAGAGAACAGGACAGAAAAGAAGCCUGCUGAGGAAGAACGGGAGUGGUCUGAAUUAGAUUAUGAUUUGGACAAUUAUAGAAAGCAGGUUCAGCUCAAAGGAACUAAUAUUGAUUCGCUCCCCCUUCUAAUGGGUACUGACCAAGCUGAAGUACAAGUAUUCUUCUCAGAUUAGAUGUUCGAAUUCUAGCAACUUCUCCCUGCUUGCUUUUCCCUCUUCUUGCACUGAUAAGAAUAAGAUCUUCAAACAGUACUGAAAAUUAAGCCUUUGUAUAUAGUUUAUUAGAUUUUGUAUGAGAAGCUGCUUCAAAAUGUAGAUUGUAGGCUUGUGGCAACUGUAUAUAUAGGCCACUAAUAUGCCGAAGCUUUUGAAACUGAAAUUUGUGGGAAGGUUUGAUAAGGGAUUCUGUUUAUGAAUAGGACAGGAUAGCCAUAGGGGCAGCAGAAGUGGCCAUUCCAUACAAUGCUGUUCUAUCUUAAUGUGAUUGUUUGUGUAGUGUGUUUGUAUGUACAUGUAAAAAAAUGAUACAAUUGAAGAACCAUUGUCCAUAAUUUCUUCAA